AUGCCAGUGAAUAUUUUGGCGACCGCUCUAAUAGAAGGGACGGAUCAGAUUCCCUACUGGAAUGAAAUUCGGAAAUACGCGCCCUAUGUGGCUGGAGCUUUGGCAAUUAAGGUGUGGUCAAGAGGAACUACUAACAAGUGGCAAAGAAAGCUCAACGGUAAAGUCUACAUUGUGACGGGGGCAACAACACAGGGAAUGGGAACUGCUGUAGCACUAGAAAUGGCGCAGCAAGGAGCUCAAUUGGUAAUUUUGGUGAGAAGGAUUGAUGAAUGGACGACCGAAUGGCUUGAAGACUUGAGAGUAAAGAGUAAUAACGAAUUGAUUUUUUUGGAGCAGUGCGACUUGAGUGAUUUGUACCAAGUCCGCAAGUUUGCCACAAAGUGGCUCGACAAUAAACCCGCAAGACGCUUGGACGGAGUGGUGGCAAUGGCUGGGGAUUUAGAACCAGCCUGGAAAAGUGUACGCAAGACAUCAGCGGAUGGACUAGAACUUCAGAUAGCCACCAAUUUUGCAGGCACAUUCCAUUUGCUGGACCUGUUGAAACCUAGUUUCAAAGCACAACCGCCGGACCGGGAUGUAAGGAUCAUUGUCACUACCUGCAUGUUACAAGCUUUGGGAGAGGUUAAAAUAGAUGAUCCUCUAUGGAAAGACGCUCAGUACAAUCGACCAUUGAAGUUUUUUGGAAGCUCGAAGCUUCAACUCAGUUUGUGCAUGUUGGAAUUACAAAGACGCCUCCUGACAAAGGACGAGAAAGAUGAGCGCUCCGGUAAAAAUGUCACGGUUGCGCUUGUGCAACCGGGGAUAAUGCGUUCUACUAGUCUCAGGCGUUUGCUCAGUAACGGUUCUGUCUUGGCGUUAAUCUUCAUAUACACCACCCUACUAUACCCACUUCUAUGGCUUUUGACGAAAAGCGGAAAUCGCGGCGCUCAAUCUGUGCUGUAUGCCCUAAUGAGUCCAGAGCUCGAAGAAGUCAAUUGGAAAGACGAAAAGGUUAAAUACGUUGUCAAUUGUUCCAUGUCUAAGUUCUCACGCAAAGAGUUUGACGAUACUGAGCUUCAAACAAAGCUUUACGACACGACAACGAGCAAAAUUCUCGAACUCGAAAGAUCGAUGGCUAUCAAGAGGAAUAUGGGUAAGAAAAAGACCGAGAAGAAAUAG